CGCGCGCGGCGCCGGCCCCGCUGGCGCCUGGAAGGGACCGCGGCGACCCCUGCGUGCCUCCUCCUCCUCCUCCUUCCUCCGUCCAUCCUUCCUCCGAGCCGCCGGGGGACUGCCCAGACAGGGGUUAAAAUGAAUGAAGAUCUGAAGGUUAAUUUGAGCUGGCUGCCUCAGGAUCAUGUAGAAGCCAGCUCUACAGAGAAUGCCUCAGCUGCAGGCUCCUCCCUGGUUCCUGCCGUAGACCCUGAGCCAGAGCUUUUGGUAAACCCCUGGGACAUUGUCUUGUGUACUUCAGGGACCCUUAUCUCCUGCGAAAAUGCCGUUGUGGUUCUGAUCAUUUUCCAUAAUCCCAGUCUUCGUGCCCCCAUGUUCCUUCUGAUAGGCAGCCUGGCGCUGGCAGAUCUCUUAGCAGGCAUUGGAUUGAUCAUCAAUUUUGUUUUUGCCUACCUUCUGCAGUCAGAAGCUACGAAACUGGUUACGAUUGGACUGAUUGUUGCCUCUUUCUCAGCAUCUGUUGGCAGCUUGCUGGCUAUCACUGUUGAUCGUUACCUCUCCCUGUAUUAUGCUCUGACUUACAAUUCAGAGAGGACUGUCACUUUUACCUAUGUCAUGCUUAUAUUGCUCUGGGGAGCAUCUAUCUGUAUUGGACUGCUGCCUGUAAUGGGCUGGAACUGCCUCAGAGAUGAAUCCACCUGCAGUGUUAUCAGACCACUCACUAAAAAUAAUGCAGCCGUCCUUUCGGUCUCUUUCUUGCUUAUGUUUGCCCUCAUGCUGCAGCUCUACAUUCAGAUCUGUAAAAUCGUGAUGCGCCAUGCCCAUCAGAUUGCCUUGCAACACCAUUUCCUGGCCACUUCCCACUAUGUGACCACCAGAAAAGGAGUGUCUACUUUGGCCAUUAUUUUGGGGACUUUUGCUGCUUGCUGGAUGCCUUUUACGCUCUAUUCUUUAAUAGCAGAUUACACCUAUCCUUCUAUAUACACCUAUGCCACCCUCCUGCCAGCUACCUACAAUUCCAUCAUCAAUCCUGUAAUAUAUGCGUUUAGAAACCAGGAGAUACAGAAAGCACUUUGGCUCGUCUGUUGUGGCUGUAUUCCUUCUAACCUGUCUCAGAGGGCAAGAUCACCCAGUGAUGUCUGAUUGGCAGCCACCAGGACGCUCCUUAACAUGUUGCUUUCCAGACAUUCUGUCUUUGGUUUAGAUGCAUUCAUUAAAUGGCGUGUGAUGGGUUGACAUGAAAACCACAGGAUGGACUGACCUUUUUGUAAACAGAAAACCCCAGCGACCAAAAUCAAUCGAGUGGUUUAAGGAGGAUUUCCAAAAUUAAAAUAAUCAGUGUUCUUAACAGAUUUAUAAUGUUGCUCAGGGUAUUUUUGUCAUAUUACCCAGACUUUGCCAUGUUUGCCAUGAUUUUACAUUAAGUUUUCUAAUUAAAAUUAGAUUGAAACAGCAUACUUCUUUUAAAUUGUUUAUGUGAUUGAGUUUAGUCAUACUGCAUGUUACAAUCUGUUGUUAGGAUAUUUUUUCAUCUUUAAUUCUUUUUUAAAUGGGGAAAAAAAAAAAUAAAACCCAAACCAAGUCCUGUGACCCCAUCUGUAUACCAUCAGAAUACUCUUCAAAAUAAUGGCCAAUUGUACUGAUUUAUAUGGAAUUUCUUGUAAUAAUCUCAGUGCAACAAAUUUGCUCUAAGUGAGAAAGUACUUGUGCAGCUUUUUGUUUUACAUCUCAGCAUGAAUUAGGUUGAAAAUUGUUUACAAGAGUUACCUGUUCUCUCAUGUGUUCUGGCUGGAUGUUAAAGCAAGAGAUAGACGUUCCUUUCCUUUUGAAAAGUCAGACAUAUGUUUUCACUUGCAUGUGGGACAUCGGAGCUGUGCUGUUGAUUAUAAAACUGACAGGGGGGUAUCUUUGAAAUUGAUGAAACAAUAUGGCCUCUUUCGGCUAUGCAUUUGUAAUAGAUUGAAAACUAGGUUUCUCAGACAAGUUUAUCUUUUUAGAGGAGUAUAAGAGACGUUUCAUAAAACAACGUAUGGAUUGCUUGCAGCACAUAUUUAGCACUACAUGAAAUGGUUCCCCUAGAUUUGUUACCAAGUCAAUACUAUUACCAUUUGUUUUCACUGUUCUCCUAUGUAAUUUUAAAUACCGACAUUUAUAAAUUCUCAAAGCAUAUCUGGUUCAUAAUAUAUGCAACCAGAACUGCAGAGUGAAACAGUGUUUUCUUCUUUUCUGGCAGUUUCAUUCUUUGCACUGUAUACAUGUCAGUUCACUUCAUUAUGGGACUUUAUUAUAAUUCUGGUCUAGAAAGCAGAGCUUCCUCUCAUGAAUGGUUAAAUUUCAAACUGCUUCUAACCUUCCACUGAAGCCGCAUUAAAAUGCACUAGAAAUAAAGCAUUGUUUCCUGAUUUGAAGACUACUUGAUUGUCAGAGAGAAAAUCUUCCUGGCACUUGUCUUCGUGAAACAUGAGGUGUACCCUCAUGUCAGCGCACGGGAGGUUAGAGUACCGCUUCCCUUAGUGUUGAUGGGAGCUCAAUGUGUUCAUGCCCUGGCAUCAGCCGGCGGUUAUACUCCCUUGAAUGUCGAACUCAGCGUAUUGUAUUGUUGCUUCAGUACCUUCCAUUAAAAGAAAAAAAAAAAAAAAAAAAUCCAAAACUCAAGUGUAAAAAUAGCAAUAUUUACAGUUCAGUGAAAAAAUAUACCUGUGUAGUAGAGAUAGUAGAGACAACUGCGCUGCUGGUCUGGACUUUUCCAAAUGGAAUCUGUCCUUUUCACGUGGACGUUUGGAUGACUGUAGCUUUUGUGGCAAAGUUUCUGUAACGUUAAGAAUCAUAUGCUAUACACAAAGCUGAAUCUCAAAUGUAAGUUGUCUGUAAACAAGGCUCUGUAGAGAUUUUUAUGAGCAAUAAUUAAUUUUAGUUGCAAUGCUGGGUUUAAAUUCCAUUAUUUAUUUGGUUCUUACUUGGUAAUCUGAUUAGUUUAAUAAUAAUUGCAUGGCAUGACCCAGUAGAGCUGUGAAUUUGAAGCUCCCCUGGCUUCCCUGUGAUUUACAGAUGCUCAGCAAAUUAGACUAUGACCUCUGCUCAGUGUAGGGUAUUGGUGUUCUUUAUCUACUUAUGAAUGAUGCUGAAACUCUAGUCAUUGAAUUUUCUUACAAUUUUUUGUAUAAGACAUACUCACUUCAAACAUAUCCAUGCUACAUACGUGUGCAAUUUUGUGAGUAUUCAAACUAUUGGGAAAUAAUGGCAGUAAAAAAAAAAUCAUGAGAUUAAUAAUAUAGAGGCUGAAUAAUGUAGGAUAGCACUUUUAAAAGAAAAAAUGUCAUGCAAACUUUGCUCCCCCUGCUUUUUCCCUUUGUUCUUCUCUAUCAAAUUACUAAAACUAUGAUGAAGAUGAGCAACUACAACUGUGACCAAAAUUCAAUCCUGAGGGCGACUGUUGUUUUCCUUAUACAGACGUGUUCUCAUCCUCCUGGAUAACCUCACAGGCGUUUUUCUCUAGGCAGCACCAGUGUGGUAGGGAAGCCAGAGGAAGACACCACAGAGGGAGAUAAUGUCAUCCCCUCUCCUCGUGCUGUUUCACCUCUUGUCCUUGUCAUCUUCCUCACUCCACAGGCUGCUCAAUUCCACAGAGGCUCUCCAGUGUGCCGUGGGAGCCGACCUCUUCCUUGUGCCAGAGCAGAGAGAUUUGUAAUUGGAAGCUUCUCUCCUGAGGAGCAGAGCAAGUCAAACGGAGGAAAGACGGAUUAAUUAUAGCAAUCCCUCAAAGCUGGCUCAUAGGGAUGUGAUUUGCCCUUGUUUGAGGAGUUGUGCAUGGUUACCUUCCACCACAAACUGAUGAGAAACAUGACUCUGCCUCCAAAGAUACCGCUGUGACCUCCAGCGAGGAUUUUGCCUCUUACAGAAAUAUGUUCCAAAAUUGAGGCCGUGCAGCAUAGGCCAGAAAAUUCUGCUGAAAGUCAAUGACAUGGGUUUGCCUGCAGCUGUCAGGCCAAACUUUAGCAUAGUCUGCAGCACUGGGAUGGGGGCUACGUAACACACCUCUGAAUGAGUGCUGGGAAAGAGGGGCAGAGCUGUGGGUGCAAAGCUGCCUUCCUCACUCACAGAAGAAUUGCUUGACAGCCAGCCACCUUUCAUACCUUGCAGAAUUAAGUAACUCUCUGCUGUCCCUGCAGAAUGACAGUGGAGCCCCUGUUCUGUGUGGUGAGGUGCCAGUAUCCAUCCAAGGUCCUCCUGAAACUGGCAGAAAUCCAGCCAGCUUGCAGUUUCUGAUAUUUUGUUGUCCCAUCAAACAACAGUGUGUAAGAUGGGGGGGGGGGGGUAGAUUCACCAUUCUUUGUACAGUGAAGUAGCUUUCGUAGCUCCACUGUAAUGGCAGAAGGUUGGGUUUUUUUCUUAAUUUUGUUUAAAUAAUUGAAGUUCAUGUUUAUUUAUUACCACGCUUGCCCCAAAGUUAGUAACAGGUUGUAUCCUAAUGGGAAAAAUUUAUUGUGGUCAUUUUUUUUCAUACGUUCAUCCUCAACACUUAGGAGAGGAUUUUUUAAAUUGUCUUCCAUUUUUUUUUUAAAUUUUUUUUUUUUAACCAUUUCCCCCAAUAGUAGUAUUUCAGCAAUAAGGAAAAAUAUGUUUUUAGCACUAAAGAGCAAUAAAAUCCUCCAUGAUGUGGAUACUAUAAACUGCUGAGUAAACUCAGAGCAAUAGAGAGGAAGCAAUAUAUACUUUAGACAAAAAAAAAAGUAACUUGCAUAAGGACUUUCAGUAAGCAUAAGUCUUCCUUUGUUAAGCAGAUCCUAUCAGACCAAUGUGAGACAUUAUUUCUAGUUAAUUUGUUUUAUAAUCAUUGAAUUCCUGAAUAGAAUUAUGCAGCAAUAACAUUUUACCUUAAUUCUUGGAUCCGGAAUUUGUGCUAUUUGCUGAAAGAAUUAUGUGCUGCAUUGGGGAGUUUUAUUCUUAUCAUUGUUUGGCAUUUAGUUGUACAGCAUUCUGUGGGUUAAUUAAUAGUGUUCAGGAUUUCCAGUUAAAACUUAAUCCCGAGAAUGCCCGAGUUUGUCAUGCUCAUCAGGGUGACUAUGACAAAUGGUGCUAGCCUGUUUUGAAAACAGCUUGAUUAUGAUACCAAUGAAGAAAACCCCUACCAAUACCCAGGCUCUUUGGAAGCAAGCUCAAGGGACUGAUAAUGCUUCUGUACCUUCCUGCCAUGGACACUCAGUGACAUAAGCAGUUGCAUCCAUCCUUUAGUGUCAGGGACCAGCCUUGAGGCAUCUUGGAGUCACUAGAACUCCUCCGUGGACAGCAGUGAGCUUUGGCAUAGACCAGUGCCCAUGCUGUCCCCAAAGAGCUGUUAUUCUCUUGCCUUGCUUUCUUAGGGAUUUUUUAGCUUUUAAAAAUAAAAUACAUGUGACUUCAUUUCCCCAAGGUGAUAAGCAACCUGCCGUAUGACUUGAAGUUGGGGUAAAAUGGCAUUGCUACAAAUCAAGCGCCUGAAGCAUAACUACGCGCUUGUUAUUUUAAAAAAGGAUAAAAACAAAAAAGAUUCUGUGACAUUCAAAACAAUGUUUUCAAAAUGUUGGCCCUGACUUUUACGAAGAGAAAGUAUAUAGAGUUUGGGUUUUCCUAUAUAAAAUAAAUAAAUAAAUGUUAAUAAGAAUUGGACAGAGUAGUUACUGUUUAAGAACCCACCUGCUGUCCUGUCACUUUAUCUGAGAUACUGAAUGGUUCUAGAUUGUCUUCAUGGUAGUUCAGACAUGUUCCAUGGAGGAAAAAUAAGAUCUCUCAAUCUCUGCUUAUAGAGAACUGAAAGGAAGGAACUAUAAGGGAGUGGUAUAAUUUAUAUCUCAUGAAUAAGCUAUAGGUCAGGAAAGAUAAAUUAGGCAUGUGUAUCUCCCUCAUCUGACAGUAAAAAAAUGAUGGUACUCCCAGUAAACUUGAAAGGUCUCCUGUCUGGAAGUACUGGUACAAGAGGAAAUUACCUCUUAAAACUGGGUGCUGCUAUCUUCUUCAGAUCAGGAAUAUGCAGUUCCUUUUAAUGGAUCAGAAAUCUGAAUGAACUGCAAGGAUAUCUAUUUUCCUAUUAAGUGGAUGCUGAAAGAGGAGAGAUGGAAGUCUCUAUAGCUUGGGGAAUCGGCCAGAUUCAAUCACUCAGUGCUUGAGCUUGGCCGGGAAGGAUGCUUGAAUAAAUGCACCCACUGUAAGAAGGGUGUUUGGAGCUGUCCAUUUGGAACCUUACCCGAGGUACACAGACCCCCGGGAAGGCCCCUGGGGCUGCCCCUCUUGAGUGGUGUUCAGAGAGCAGAGAGGAAGUGAGGUUCACCUUCCUUGAAACUGUGUUGCCCCGUAUUUCGUUCAGGUUAUUACUUGUCUUGUUAGCACAGUCUUGCGUGGCCCCACUUGAAAUCAGAAGAGGGGUUUUGUGGAAAAAAUACUGAAAAUUCAAAGUAGGACCACCAGAAGAUUAUUUUACAGUAAGUCAUUAUGUAUUUCUGUUCUUUUUGGGGAGCAGCUAAGCCUGUAAUUUUGUAGUAAAUGUUUCUUUGGAAACAGUAUACCUUUGCACUAAAAAUGUCCAUGCUGUGGUUUAUUCACAAAAUUGUUGUGAUCUUGUAAGCCUGACAAGAAGAAAGAGUUGCACAUUUCACUGUUAUACAGACUUCUUGUAGAAGAGAAGGGAAAAAUCCAAACCUGAAUGUAGGUUAGAUGAAACCAUAUUGCAGUUAAUUAGUGUGUCACUGCCGUGAUGCAGUGCCCCAUGGAAAGGAUAAGGGGAGAUUUUUACUGUGGAGAUUCUUUGCAAAUAAUUGAGAGAGUAGAACUAAUUUUAAAACAAUGGUCAGUUACAGUUCUGUCACAAACGCCUUCAAUUGGCUUUUAAGGAAAUUGUUCUCAUCACCCCAAACCUUUGUUUUGCACUUUACAUAUGCCAACACAAUUUUACCUACUUGUUGACAUCCCAGAUAUUUAAUUGGAAAAGAUAGUACUGUGUCUCUCCCCCUCCUAGGUAGGGGGAAGUGUGUUAUGUCCCAGAAUUAAUGAACUGAUUUAGUUACCUGAUACGUCUAAGUAGCACAGAACUUUCUAAAAAGCACAGAGUUCCUAUGGACAUUCAUUGCACAUUUAGAGCCUUCCUUGAAUUACAAGUGUGGAGUAUUAGGAUUUUAACUGAUGGCCAUAGGAUUACAGGUUGGGUUAUUUUUCUUUUUCUCCUUCACCUCCCCACCACCCCAGCCCCCAGCAGUAAGAUGUCUGGUACAGUCCUUUUUGUUUCAAGGCAGACAUUGGUUUGCAGUAGGACUUAGUGAUCCUAAAGUGUUUUUUUAACCUAAAGGAUUCUAUGAUUCUAAGUACCUGCCUCUCGUAAGUACAGUGGUGCAUUCCUAGGUAAAAGCUGAUUUACAAAGUUUUUAAUAGUUUGUUAUAAUCCUUUCAACCAUAUCAGCAGCCCUUUUUCAUUGAACAACGUUAGUGAGUGUUUCCCUUACACAGGAAACGUCUGAUUCACCUGUGGGGAGGGAAAGCAAGGGUGCUGCUACUGUUUUCUUUACACUGGUAAUAUUCUUUUUCCUCUACCCACUUGAUCCCCACCAUAUGAUCUACCAGGAUGCCCGAGGACAGGCUUAGUCCCAAUUUCUCAAGAAAAAAGCAAGCCAAUACCAACUGCACAUGCUGAAAACUGCAUCCUGCAAUGAUUUACCUUAGAAAAUGGAGGGGCCUUUCACUUUUAAGAAAAAGAUGCCAACAAAGUGUAUAUUUUUUUUUUCUUUUAAGUAUAAACUCAUUCUUAAAAGGAAAUACCUAUGUCCAGGUUUAACAUAUUCAUUGUAUUACAUGCUGAAUAGAGAAACGGUUUCCUAGAGUAUUUUAGUAUGCCAUUAACUUGAUUAAGUAUGAUGAGCUAUCACUUUUAAAUAGCAUAAUUACCUACUUAAAUAUAAUAUAUAUACGUGCAUAAUUAUUACGAUUAUUUAAUUUGGUUUUUAUAUGUAUGACAUGCCAUAUAUCGUGCUCUAUACCUUCAUUGUGGAUGUGGUUAAAGUGUAACCUCUUUGCUGGGCAGUUUCUUAUUGCCCAACCUAUAUGAGUCUUGCAAACACUGAAAGACUCAGCAGUAAUUGGUAUUUCAACAAACAAAGACAGGCAAGAAGUUUCAGAAGGGAAGCAAAUUCUCAUGUCUUUGAUUUGGACAAAUCCCACUGCCAGCUUUGAGAUUACAGGAAUGUUUUCCAUGACCACAGAUAGUACAGAAUGCAGGAAGGGUGCUUGGCACAAGCAUGGGCCUCUGAAGCAGCUAUAACUUUCUCCACACACUGUUCCCGUUUCUCUCUUGCUCUUUUUCUGUCUUUCACAGGUGCUUUGGUAACAGGACUGCGCGGAUCAUGAUUCCACACAGUCGUGGGGCACAGCUGGACAUUUUGCACAGGCUGAUGCUAACCUGGGGAAUGUUAGAGUACCCCAAAAUUUUAUGCAUUCAUUUUUAAAGGGCACACAAAAUACAUAUAUGCUUCAGGGGUUUUCUGGGAAAGAGGCCUAGGACCUCUAAGAUUUAGGGCCAAGGUAUAGACCCCUAAUGCAUUGAUUAAUUAUGGUCACCAUAGAAUUUCCCUCUGGCUUCAGUGUUCACUAAGAUUAAACCCAUCGAAACAAUGAGGAAUUUGGCUUCCCCUGCUUUCAGUGGAGAGAUAUUUUAUAGUAUAUAAAUAAAAGCAGCAUGACCUGGCCCUUUGAAAAUUGCAAUACCCCCAUCCAGAAAAGGACAAAAGGGUUGUGGAGAGUGGGAAGUUGUGCCUGAUCCAUGGGGUUUUGUGUUGUCACUCUUUGGUUGCCCUCUCACAGUGUAGUCCCUUAGUAUAUGAUCAACGCUCAGUGCACCUUGUGGUGCCACUGCCCCAGAGGGCUCAGGAGAAAAGAGCGCAGAGGUGAGGCUUUUCUGCUGUGUUGGUCGCAGGUCACAGCACGAAGAGUUUGGAAGGGAGCUCUGCUCUCAGCACGGAGCUUUCUGAGAUGUGAUGGGAAACAGGGAGCUUUCUUCAAUCACAUUCCAGCCAAAUUGGAGCUCUUUCCUUUUGUGUCACCCUCUCAGUGUAAGCAGGGACUUCCCUUAGUCCGGGAGAAGGAGGGUAGGUGGUUGGUGGGAGUUAGCACGCUCCAGCACACGGCUUUUUACAUGGCAGCUGUCCCAGAGCCGAGCAGCUGGAGAUACAGUCACCUGCUGCUGAACUCAGGCUGGUCCCUCUAGGAAGAAAAUGUGCUUUUCCAGAAUGCAGGACGAGUGUGUGUGAUUUGUGCCAAAAGCGUGGAAUGAGUAUUGCAGCUGAGGAGGCAGGUAAAUUGCCUGGAUUACACAUGCAGCAGAAUAGUCAGGCGGUCUCUAGGGUUACUUGCAUGUGCUCAAAUACAGAUUUUUGUUGAAGCUGAUAACAGUCCCAUAUAUGUAUGGAGAAGGAGAAGAAUAUGAGCUUUCCUGUUGGGCCUCAGCCAGAGCCAACCAAAGGAAAUGGGCAUUCUUGGUUUUGUCAUUUUUUUCUGGAGAGAGACACAUUACACCUCUGUCCAUUUUGAUGUCUAUAGCUUCUUACUUUUGGGGGCUAAAGCCCUCCUUUGUUUGGUCUGAGCUUUACUGUCACAACCAAAAUCUACAAAAGUUGAUUGUUAAUGUGUUUACAAAUGGAAUUUCAUAGGAUAAGUGCUAAAAGUGUGCCUCUGAAAUAAAGCUGUAAACUCUGUCUUUAACUUCAGACUGUGAAAUUUGGAAUACCUGGGCUAGUAUAACCGCCUGUAAUUUUCUAGACUUACUAACUGGACCCCUACGUUUUUUGUUGCCAAAUGCAAUUAAAAAUAGUCUGUAGUUUACCAUGUUCAUGUCAUCAAAUCCUCAGAGAGAACUUUUCCCAGGAAACAUUGUACAUUUCAAGUAGACACCCGAUACUACUGACUGCAGUGUAGCUCCAUGCUGAAUUCUAAAAGCUUUGGCAAAAGCAUCUGCAUGGAGGAUGGUUCUCAUGCUGUACAUCUCACUAGGAGCCAGGUGGAUUUGAAUCCUGCAUGUUGUGCUUUUCAUAUGAGAACCAGCUACUGGUUUCAUACAUAAAGGCCUGUGGUUAUUUCUUAUACUAAUUUAGGUUUUUGGUCUGUUGUUUUUGUUGUUUUUGUUUUCUUUUCUUUUCUUUUUUAUUUAACUGUGGUUGAAGUUUGAACCAUAGCUUGCCAGUGUAUGAAGUGAUUUUAAAAGGAAGUGAAACAUUUUUGCCUCAGUUUUCCUUAAGCUUAAAGCUUUGAAUUGCAACUACAGAGCUUCUUGUUGUAUACAAGAUAGUCAUUUAAUGCACUUUAUUUAAA